UUUUCUGUUGUCUCUGAUCGGUUCUCACUUGAAGAGGAUUUGUGAGUUAGCAGGAUAAUGGGAGUCUUGCUCCUAACGGAUGGAUAUUUAGAUUUGCUUCAUUGUCUGAGCAACACUCGCUUUUAAAAUUUACGCACGGACUCUGCUGGUUAACACGGGCCCCCUUCAAUUAAAACUGCGUGCGUAAUGUGUUGCUCGCUGGCUGGAUUUGUUCUGCCACAUAGCUAGUUAGCUGCUAGCUAAAAGCGCUAAUUUUAAAACAUUUAAAAUAGAUUAACUUUCGGGUUUGAGAAUAAACGUGUAGCACAUAUCGGAUUAUGAAUUCGCUGUGACCCCCUCUAUCUGUCAUCAUGUCGGUUCUCCCGAGUCACGGAACAAGCAGCUUGGCAGUUACGGAUCUGAGCUAGCCUGGUAGCAUUGGACUGUUCUGACAGCGUGAAGCGCCGGGCUGUAGCGGCCAGCUGAUCGGAUCUCUGGGACAUCUUCUUCCACUAUCAACUGUUUGGGACCGGAUAACCUUUCCAGCUACUAUGGCUAAUGUUACAGACCUGCAGACAAAAUACAGCAAGCUGGCGCAGGAGUACUCAAAGCUCCGUGCCCAGAACCAAGUGCUGAAGAAGGCAGUCGUAGAUGAACAGGCCAACUCUGCUUCUUUAAAGGACCAGCUGAAGCAGAGGGACCAGAGCCUGAGAAAGCAGGAGCAGGAGAUGGACAGCCUCAGCUUUCGGAACCAGCAGCUCGCCAAGAGGGUGGAGCUGCUGCAAGAGGAGUUAGCUGCUUCUGAAGUCAGGAGCAAAAAGGGGAAGGGUAAAGGGGACUCUCCCUCACAACAAGGCCUACAGACACAAAGUGUUUUCAAUGAAGAUCUGCAAAAAAAGAUUGAAGAAAAUGAGCGCCUUCAUAUACAAUUCUACGAAGCAGACGAGCAGCACAGGAAGAAGGAGGCUGAGCUGAGGGCUCGGCUGGAGAAGCUGGAGGGAGACGCAGAGGAGCACCAAGCUGUUGUUGACGGACUCAAAACAAAGUAUGUGGAAACGAUCGAGCGUCUGCAGAGUGACAAAGCCGUUUUAGAGGUGAAAACACAAACUCUGGAGAGGGAGGCAAAAGACUGUCGAAUGCGAACAGAAGAGUGCCAGCAGCAGUUGAGACGGUGCCAGUCGGAGCUGAACAGGCAGGUGAAGCAGAGCAGCAGCGUCAUUCAGGAGAAAGUGCCCUUUAAUGACACCAAAUUAAGUGACUACAACAGCCUGAAUGUGCCAUCACACAAUCGACGGCACCAGCUAAAGGCUCGGGACGUAACAAAUCAAGCCCUGAGCUUCAUCCAGGACCUGGUGGCUGCUCUGCUGAACUUCCACACCUACACAGAGCAGCGGGUUCACAUCUAUCCCCUGGACUCCUCCAUUGAGCCCAUUUCUCCUCUAAACCAGAAGUUUUCUCAGUAUCUCCAUGAGAAUGCUGCCUAUGUGCGCCCCCUGGAGGACAGCUUUCUGCAAUUAUACCAAAGCAUCACAGAAGGCACAGUUACUGUACUGGAGACUGUGGUCAUGCUGAGGAAUUUCGCUGAGAAUUUCUCCUCCUACACUCACUUUCUGCAAAAGAUUCUUCCCUACCAGCUGAAAAGCUUGGAAGAAGAGUGCGAGGCACCUCUUUGCACUGCUGCCCUAACGGCGAAAAACCGGGAGUUACAAGGUGACAUGAAGAAAGUAACGACUGUGUUUGAGAAACUGCAGAACUACAUUACCCUUUUGGCCUUACCCAGUGUUCGGCAGGAUGCCAUGCCACAGAGCAGCACCUCAGCUGUCUUCACCCAGCUGGCAGCUAGCCUGCACUGUCUUCAUGAUGCCAUUAAAGAGAUGUCUAAACAUUACAACCAGAAGGCAGGCAUUGAACAGGAGCUCCCCACAGUCACACAGAAGCUCCGUACCACCACAGAGUGCCUCCUCGGAUCUUUGGGCUCACUGACCAGCAUCACUGGCAAGAUCGCCACUUUCUUCAGCAACAACUUGGACUUCUUCACGUCUCCAGGCUACACUCCCAAAGGAUGCACAGUGAGCCUCAACCCCCUGCAAGCAGAGAGCAUGCUGGCCAACAAAAAGAAAGCAGCUGUGUACAUCCAUGCCAUCAAAAGUGCCAGGCCUCGGUCAGUUCCAUACAGGGAAGCCUUGUCAAACCGUCGUAUUCUCACCAGCUCCACCGAGAGCAGAGAGGGUCUCACUCAGCAGGUGCAGCAGAGCCAGGAGAAGAUCGCUCGGCUGGAGCAGGAGAAGGAGCACUGGCUCCUGGAGGCCCAGCUGGGGAAGGUGCGGUUGGAAAAGGAGAACCAACGUAUAGCCGACCUGGAAGCACUGCUUGCAGCGGCUCUGGGGGGAAGUCAGAAUUCCCAGACAGCCGCAGACGGCCGACUCACACACAGCCACGAGGAAGCAGAGACGCUGCAGAAAGCCACAGGGAAAGAGAUGACUCUGUGCACCAGCCUGGUUGGCAUGUUGUGCACAACACCUACAAAUGAGCACGUGGGAGACGAAGAGUCUCGCGAAGAGCUGAUAAAGACCCACUAUAUGUCGAGAGUGGGAGAGCUCACCACCCAGCUCCAGAUAUCAGACAGCAAAGCUGUGCACUUUCACUCAGAGUGUCGAGCUUUGGCAAAGAGAUCAACCAUCGCAGAGAAAGCACGGGAGACUCUGAGCGAAGAAGUCAAACUGGCUAAUGAGAACAUCACACGGUUGCAGGACGAGCUGACUACAACUAAGAGGAGCUACGAGGACCAACUCAGCAUGAUGAGUGACCAUUUAUGUAGUAUGAAUGAGACCUUGAGCAAGCAGAGAGAGGAAAUUGACACACUCAAACUGGGUGGCAAGGCCAGUGUGAAAAAGAACAAGAGCCGUUAGAGCUGCCCUAAAAUCUUAAACAUGUUAGGAGGGUUUCAACGCUGCAGAGCCUCUUCGUACCUACAAUGUCUCCGACCUUCAGGAUCACUGAGCGAGCCUCAAAUUCCUGGCAGUUCAGAGGCUCAAACAUGACUGAUAAAAGCUUUGUUUUUCUGUUUUCUUGUCACAUCACCUUUUAAUGAUUAUGAUUAUCCAGAAAUGGUUUGUCAGACCUUUUUGGUCAAAGCACAGUGAAAGAGGAAAAAAAGGAGUCUAGAAGAACAGCGGAAGCAGUGGAAGUUUUAAUGCUUGCUGAAGUCAAGACUUGAAGACCAAACCCUGUUAAUGUGUGUAAUUUUCUGGCUGUGUGUAUGCGUGUGUGAGAGAGAGAAAAAAAUUAAACUGUGCACCCUUUGCUGCUUCUCUGUAAGUAGGCGAACAGAGUAAAUGUUGGUGUGGUCGUAUGUUUGUUUUGGCUCAUAAAGUGACGAUGACCCCACGCUUUACAACAUGAGAGUAUUGUUUUACAAUAAAAUGGCUAAAUCUUACUGGAUUUGGAAUUAUUUGUGCAGGUGGUAACUGUAAAUCUAUCCCUUCUAAUACACAGAUAAUAUAGCUGGCUUUUUAUUAACAAAUUUAACAAAGAUGCAAUUUAAUUUAUUGCAUUUUCCUGGAAAUGGAAAAGAAAAGAUCGUGGACUUUCAGCGCUGAUUAGCUCCGUUUACCUUUAUGGAAAGUAUGGACAGGUUGAAGCUUGUGAAGUUGUCUUGGUCUGCAUCUAAGAAGUUGAUCUGUAACAAUGUUUUUUUUAUUAUCACCAAAGGAAUUGUGGAUGCAUACUUAAAGUUCCUCAAAUUAAGAUGUAAGAAUAAAAGGAGUUGAAAUCAUGUAAUUAAGUGGUCAUGUUUCUUAAAAUUAUGGAUCCAAAAAUAUGUAUUUCUUAAGAAGUUACAAAUCUUUAUUUUACUCAGAUUUUAAUUUUAUACAGAUUCUACAGAUGUUUUUUUGUUUGUUUUUUUUUUUGUUCAGUAGCUGUCUAUGGGACUGGAACAUGUCUGAAACAGAUUGACCCAGGCUGUAAACACUGAUUAGGUUAUUUGUGAGUCAUGACAGAGCCUUUCUGUCAUGUAGUGAUAUGAGAUAAACCAAACAAAAAAAAAUAGUGCUCCAGAGUUUAUUUAAGACUGAAAUUUGAUCAUAGAAAACAUUGAACCCAUGGAAAAAAAAAAAAAAUCUGUAUUUCACAAUGUAACCUGUUAAAAAGCACAUAUGUGAUUCAAAAUAAAGACCUUGCUCAAGACUGAA